GCGAACGUUACCGACAUGGCGGUGCCUUCACUCUUCUCUCUCACACACACUCACAUGGAUUCAGCAUUUGGAUCUUUCAGAUCCACAUUCUUCGCCGCGCAUUCACUCCUCAUAUCUUGUUUCUUCUUCACUUCUUUUGCGUCCAUCCACGUCUACCAUCGCGAGCCUUUCAUCGAUGUCGGAAAUUCUUACCUUCUCUCCGGCGGCAGCGAGGGCAUCGUCGCUUCUCUCCCCGCCGCUGCUUCGCCCUCCAAACCCAACUCCAUCCAUAACGGCCGUGCUUAUAUCAGAUUUGAGAAUAUCACCUUUUGGAGAACCAGAACUGCUGCCAAGCGUGGUACUGGGCCAGUGCACGUUAUAAUUUUUGAGGCUGCUGAUCGAGAUAACAUAGGUGGUUCUGCUUAUGGUGGACAACGGGCAAUCUGUUGCACUGCUGAUUUAGCUAAAAUAGAAGGUUGUAAGCAAGGAGAGAUUCUUAGAAGACCUUCUGCAACAGACAUCAAUUGGCCUGUCAUUUUAGAUGUACGUUUCAAGGGAAAAUCCAAAACUGCAAAUCUAGACUCUAAGGGGGUUACCAUUAGAAAGACUGGAAUGUAUAAUUUAAUUUUUGUAGCUUGUGACCCCAAUCUCAAGGAUAUGUUUAUGAGUGGAAAGACGAUCUGGAAAAACCCUGAUGGGUACUUGCCUGGUAGGAUGGCCCCAUUAAAGAAGUUCUAUGUAUUUAUGACACUUGCUUAUGUCUGCCUAAGCAUCAUUUGGUUCCUUCAGUAUUGGAGAUUUUGGAAUGAUGUACUGCAACUUCAGCACUGUAUCACAGCUGUCAUUGCCCUUGGGUUAUUUGAGAUGUUUCUCUGGUAUUUGGAGUAUGUCAAUUUCAACAAUACUGGAAUGAGGCCUGUCGGGAUCACAACAUUGGUUGUCACUGUUGGGGCUAUAAGAAAAGCAAUUUCACGACUUCUUAUUCUCUGUGUUUCAAUGGGUUAUGGUGUUGUGCGACCCACCCUUGGGGGUCUUACCUCAAAGGUUCUUUUACUUGGAUUUACUUACUUUCUGGCAUCAGAAUUGCUGAAUAUUACAGAAUAUGUGGGGACCAUAAAUGAUGUAUCUGGAAGGGCAAGGCUACUUCUAGUUCUUCCUGAUGCUUUCUUGGAUGCAUUUUUGAUAUUGUGGAUCUUUACAUCACUUUCAAGAACAUUGGAACAGUUACAGGCUAAACGGAGUUCUGUUAAGCUAGAUAUUUACAGAAAGUUCUCAAAUGCUUUAGCAGUAACGGUGAUCUCCUCAGUAGUUUGGAUAGGAUAUGAGGUAUACUUCAAAGCCACAGAUCCUUUCAAUGAGCGUUGGCAGAGUGCUUGGAUCAUCACUGCUUUCUGGGACAUUCUGGCAUUUGGAUUACUGUGUGUUAUAUGUUACCUCUGGGCCCCAUCCCAAAGCUCUCAAAGGUACGCAUAUUCAGAGGAAGUGGGAGAAGAAUCAGAUGAUGAAGAAGCUCAGUCUUUAACAAAGGGAAAGCAUGAAGGUCAAGGUGGUGAACUAAGUAUGGUCAAGCAAGAAAAGAAUGUCGGAAGGGACGCACACUUGGAUGUAGAUAACGAGUCAGAGGAGGAGGAGGACAAACGGGAAUAAGCUCUUAACAGGUCUCUUUUAGCACACUUGUCCUGCUUUCUCAUUUGGAUUUUUCGUCUUACACUUGUGCCACAACCCGUCAGAAAGAGGCGUUGUAAAAUUUUGUUCAUUUGUACCGGGUAUACAACAGAUUCAUUUGUUUAGAGGAAUACUAGUCUUUUUAUAUCUUUUUCUAUUUUGGGGUCAUGUAUGUAAUUAAUGUGUAACAUGCAUUUGCAAAUGCUGAUGAUCAAAAUUCAUUGUGUUCUUUAUUCCCCCCACAAUUUUUGGACGCGGAAUUUCCUUGAUUUUUGGAUUUAGUCUCUAAAGUAGUGUUUGGUUUGA